AUGCAGACUCGCCGCCUCUGGAACGACGCCGUAACGUUCAACUGCAUCGCGGGGUUCAUAGUCAUCGUCCUCAACAAGUUCCAGGACCAACUGGUCUUCUACAUCACCCCCACCGAUGCCCUGCAGAAGUACAAUUCCGACCCGACCAAGUCCAAAUUCCAUUUAGGCGGCCUUGUUCUCGAGAACAACUAUAUACAGGUUCCUGAUUCACAGGAAUCCCAAUUUGUAAUUACCGAUCUGAUUACAGACAUAUUGGUCAAAUACGAUGGCAGCUUGUCGGAUCUGUUUCGAGACUCGGCAGUGGUGGAGGGUUUAUCGGGCCCGUGGAUGAUGGAGUUCGGAAAAAAAGAGAAAAUUGACCUUAGUAGCAGCAGCAAAUUUGGGGCAACUAAAAAGGCAAUAGCGCCACUGUCGAGAAGGGCAAGUACAGCUACGAAGUCGAAACCCUAA